AUGACACCUGCUUUGGGUGUUGAAAAUGUUUGUACUGCGCAGUUGAUUUGCACGAUGAUUCUUGCAGUUGUGAUUGAAUCGCCUUCCUCACCAAUGUUUAUUGUAGUAAGUGAAGACAUAACAAAUGAAGAUGAAUUGAGUAGUGAUAAAAACCUGAAGUUAUAG